CAGGAUGUGUGACUCUGGAUCUGUCGGCUGGGGAUAAAUGGCCGGGGCUGCGGCAGGGGCAAUGCUACGCUUUGCGGCCUUGCGAGAAGUCGGGCGCUUCGCGGCGAUCGGAGCUGCAGUUUCUACUGCGGUGUCGCCGGGCUGACCGCAAAGGGCACCGCUUGUCUGUUUCCGCCUCUGACUACCGGUGAAUGCCAGGUGAUACUUAAACACCCACGCGCUUUUGGACAUCAUUUAUAAUGGAGUUUCCUGACUUGGGGAAGCACUGUUCAGAACCGACUUGCAAACAACUAGAUUUUCUGCCAAUAACGUGUGACGCCUGUAAACAAGAUUUCUGUAAAGACCAUUUUUCCUACGUGGGUCACAAGUGUCCCUUUGCGUUCAAGAAGGAUGUGCAGGUGCCUGUGUGUCCACUCUGUAAUGCCCCCAUUCCUGUGAAGAGAGGUGAGAUACCAGAUGUGGUGGUCGGCGAGCACAUGGACAGAGACUGCACCUUUCACCCCGGGAGGAACAGAAACAAGGUUUUCACACAUCGCUGCUCCAAAGAGGGAUGCAGGAAGAAAGAGAUGCUGCAGCUGGCUUGUGCUCAGUGCCAUGGCAACUUCUGCAUUCAGCACAGGCAUCCUCUGGACCACAAUUGCCAGGCUGGGAGCAGCUCAGCCAGCAGAGGGAGGACUUCUACAUCCAGAGCUGCUGAGCAGAAGCCAUCGGGAGUCAGUUGGCUGGCCCAGCGACUCAGGCGCACAGUGAAAUGACAGCGAGUCUCCUGUCAGUGCCACACACCAGCUCCUUCCUGUUGGGUUUUGAUCUGGGUGAUGUGGCCUCCAGCACUUUCCUCCUGCUCCUGCGGAAGAGUCUCCUGUUGUUCAAGUUAGGGUGAAUUGAUGGCUCAGGGGGGAGCACUUGCCUCACAAGCGUGAGGACCUGAGUUCAUCCCCAGAACUGGAGGUGGUUGGUGCACACUUGUAAUCUCAGCGCUCGGGAGGUGGCGAGAGGAAACCCCCAGGGCUCUCUGACCAGCAGCCUAGCCAUACUGGAGAGUUCCAGGCCAGAAAGACACUGCCUCAAGAACCAGGGUGGACACUUUCUGUGGAGGGACAUCAGAAUUCACUUCUGGCCUCACACACACACACACAUACACACACACACACCCCACACACAUGAGGCUGUUCAGCAACUUUUGAGGUGGGUUAGGUUACCACAGCAAACAGCUGCAGGGUUCAGGGGCUGGGGACUUGUGUAACUCUCCUCAGUGGUGGCUUUGGCCUGUGCUAAACUGUUCCAGGACUUGGUAUUCCGGGAAAUUCUGUCCUAUGACAGAAAAGAACACCGUCUGUUCUGUAUUCUCCCCCUCUGUGGCUUUUAUAAUAAGGUGCCUUUGGGCACAGUCUAUUCAUGGUCCCCAAGAACAAGAGUGGAUGGGGUGCCCUUUCCUGACCUCUGCUGGACCUGCUGUGGAGGAGAGUGUGCCCUUGGCCUGCAGUGAUGUCUCCAAGGUUAACUUAAGCAACCAGCCUCACCAUGCCAGGACUCCACAUGCCUGGCUUCAGGCUGUUUUGUGGUUUGAGGCAGUGUCUCACUGUGGAGCUCUGGCUGUCAUGGAACUCGCCCUGUAGACCACGAUGGCCUUGAACUCAUAGUAAUCCCCCUGACUCUGUCUCCCAAGUGUGGAUUCACUUAACUCCCAAGAAGAGCAUUUCGGAAGUGUCUGGUUUGCAAUAGAAGCUUCUCAUGCCGAAUCCCCAUGGCAGUGGGCUGAGGGUCCUUGGGCACUUUGUGGAGCAGAAACCCAGAUAGAAGAAGAGCCGUGGUGCUGGGCCUCAGGGUGCAGCCACCAUCACUCCCAUACCCCCAAAUGGCGAUGUGGACAGUGUGGGGAAGAAGCUUGGGGCGCCCUCACUUUCCAGUAGCUUGGAUAUUAGAGAUGACACGGGACCAACCACUUAGCUGGUUUUGACUUUCACCCUUAGUUCUGACAGCCUUUGGGACAGUUAACUGCAUGAAUUCCAUACGUAGCAGCAUCGUACAGGUUUUGUGGCCUCUAGCUGUCAUGGGAGGCAGGGGUGGGUUCCACUCUGUUCUCUAAGCUUUGACUGUCCUAAGCCAGUGCCUCUCAUCACAUCAGUCCAGCUCUAGACUCCUCGGUGCGCUCAUCCUGUCCCCAGUGUCUGCUUAGAACGGGGGUGGGGGACUCGGGAUUUGCUUUUAGAACAAGGCCUAGGCAGUGGUGCUAUGUGGGGACACUGAAACCAGUCUUAUGCUUCCACUUCCCAGGGUGACAGCACUUUUUCAUGUUGGUAGACACUUGAGGUGUAGCCAGCAUAACAAAGCUUUUUGAUUCAACUUAAGUUUUAAAACAGCUGGGUUCCGUAAUUAGGCAGUGUUUGAAAAGGGACUUGGAUGUAUGUGUCUCCCUCCUAACCAUGGUUUGCAAUGAUGUUUCCACUGAGGUAACUAAAUCGGGAAUUUUUAAAAGCACACUGGGUGGGCUGGGGAAUGGUCCAGUGAUUAGGAACCUGAACCUCUCUGCAGAGGACCAGAGUUUGGUUCCCAAUACCACCCAUAUUAGAUGGCUCACAACUGCGUGUUAGCCUCAGCUCCAGGGGCAGAUGAUGCCUCUGAACUCUGGGCCUUACAUUCACAUGCAUGUGUUCUUAAACAUGAAUUCAGAAGUACAGUGGUAAGGCCUAGCAUCGUGGGUUAACCCUCACCUAGAGCCCACCAGUGAGGAGCUGGGGCCACAAUUCAGUAGGAGAGCACUUGCCUAGAACUCCCCAGGUCUGGGGCAUGGUUUAGUGGCGUGCCUGCCUGUCAUGUCUGAGGCCUCAGAUUCUCUCCCUACUCGAAGGAAACAAAAUCACCAGACUUUAGAGACAAUAUCAAUUGUAAGACAUUGUGUGUUGAAAUAUAUAUAAUGGUUAAUAAAAACGAUUUA